AUGGCGAAGACGCAUGGAUUCCUUUUCUCCAGUCUGAAGGACUGUUUCGUGUUUUUUAGUUGGUUGCACGAGGGGGAUGGGAAAGUUUAUCUUGAACCCGUGAUCAGUUACCUUCAUCAACGUGUUUCUAAGUACUAUAACUGGAUUGAUAGUAUUUCAAUAAAAGUGGAAUUGUCCAACUUUCUCGGGCAUGUAACCAGGUUUUACGGGAAAUUGGUAUUUACUGUAACAAAGGACGCCGCCUCAAUUCCCGGUGACAAAAAAAUGAAAAGCGCAGAACACAUCGUCAACGCUCUCUUGGAGUGUCUCCCCAAGUUCCUCGCUGCGAUGUACUAUCUGUGGUACAAUGUGGAUGUGACAUUUAGGGGAGUGGGCGGCGGCGGGUGGGCGGAGAACUGGCUUGGGUACGGCGGCGGUCUAGACACAUACCUCACUAAACCGUACCGCAGUGCGUCCGGCGGCAUCAUACCUGGAGGGUUUGAGCUUCGCGAGUUGAGGUAUGGUUGGGUUUACGCUAAUUACACCCAGGGCAAGAAAAUGACAACUGAUCUCAGAUGGAUUUUGGACAAGAAAGUUGAACAGAAUUACUUCCGCGACGUUUUAGCCCUCUCUACUAUCAUCGACUCUGGCACUGAGAGUGUGAACACUGCUAAUGCCCUUGCAGUAGUCAACUUAUUUUGCGAGAUUGUAGCCGAAGAGGCAAAGAAAAAAGAAAGUGGAAAUUUGAGGAAGAAAUUGGAUGAAAUGGUUAAGCCAAAAUGUUUAAACUGGACAGAAUUACAACUUGUUUGUAGUGCAAUCAAGACUAGUUAUGCCAAUAUGUUUACGCAUGGCCCUUUUGACAUUACUGGAGAGGCCACGAAGGCUUCGUAUCUUAAGUCAGAGGAUUUUGCUGUGCAUUUUGCUAGGUGGUAUAAAGAAAAAUUUGAGCGUAUUUUACAACAUGUAGGAAAGAUGCAUUCAUUUGUUACCGAAAGUGCAUCCUUCAAUAACCGCUCCCUGGUGACGACUGUUUUUUAUCCCAACGGCAUAGUUUAUAAGGGAAAUAACGUGGUGCAAGCGAAUGGAUUUUUGGAACAUUGGGAGUGGACAAAUGCACUUGAAAGUUUUGUUGAUGAUAACAGAGGUCUACGAAAGCUUAAAGAACUUUUGGAUGGCACGGAUCAAGGAAUCUGCUCUCCCCCAGCUCCGACUCCAGAACUCCGACCUACGCCGGCGCUAGCCCCAAGACUCGCCAGACCUGCGCCGCCACCUAAACCUACCAACACCUCAACAGUCAACUCAUCCGGAGCUCAAGGUUCUAGGGGAGUUGUAGCGAAUAGUCAUACUACUCAUGGUAGCCGGCCGGCGUCUGGUGUAGGAGGGGGGAGAGGAGGAAGAGGGGGAACGUCUCACAGCAGAAGUGGCGCACAACGUAGGGGCACUGAACCCCAACCAGUGGCUCAAAAGCGUGCAGAUUCGCCACCUCGUGUUCAGGCUUCACCAGCUCAAAGAACUACUCAAUCUCAGCCAAAGUCAGCACCACAAAAUGCGGCAAAUUCUGACAGUCAACGAGUUGCGGACAUUCAGUAUACCGGUGGAGUUAAAGGGCUGCCAGCUCCAAGUGUUUCAGUGCCACAGAAUCAUGCUACAUCGUCGACAAUAACAGUUCAAAAGCCUGACAUCCCAUCUCUCAGUGCUCAAGCAAAAGCAGACCAUAGCAGCUCAGCUAUUGCUGCCACUACUCCUAGACCCAGCGGCUCCAAUAGUGAUUCAGGUAAUCAUGUGAGCGUUGACCAGAUGCGUGGUUUACAGCCUCACGGCCAACCUGAGUCAGUGUCCUCUGUGCUGAAUCCCCAAAAUGGUCAACCCUUGCAGCCCGAUAAAGAUGCCGCUGAUACGCAUCAUGCAACUGAUAGAGCUGCUUCAGAUGGAAGUAAUGGCAUAGGAGUAAAUGUACAGGCAGGGGAGAUUGGGAGUCCUGGUGGAUCAGAUUCUACAGGUAGUUCUACGUCCCCACUGCACCCUCCUCCCCCAGCACAGCCCCAACCCUUACCUGCUAGCCACGAUGUUACUGCAGUUCCUGAAGCCCCCAAGGAAGUUGUGCCGGAAACGAAAGUGCCAGUUAUGCCACCUAAGAAACCCGAAGUACCGCCAAAUACGGCUCCGAUAAUGAGUGAGUCCCCAAUGGCCGUUGCCACAAAAACGGAGGCAACUAAAACAGAAGCUUCCAAGCCAGUUGUAGCCAAAGCCGAGUAUGACGAAUCUGUGAAUAAGACUAAUGAUCAAAACAGAGAUACGUUUAUAGGUCCUGCUGUUGCAAAAGAUGUCGCACCAUCACCUCGCAGUGAUUCAGCAGAAGCAGGUCCAACAGGGUCACCAGUAGUGCAUAGCACGCCAUCGCCUACUCUUACAGAUUCUACGGUGUCUUGUAUUUCAUCUGAACCCAAUACUGUUCAGAACCAUACGUUAAUUCCUUCUACAGCCGAUACAUCUCAUUCACGACCCACCACUCCCACAGGUGAUGCUGUAGCCCCGGGCUCCCCCAGUAGGUCUAUCAGACAGGGUGUGGGUUUAAAUGACGAUGCGCAUUCAGGUAAACAACUUGUUUCAUCUCCACGUUCUGAACCUUCUCAAUCUUCAAAUGGUCAAGCUCAACUGCAAGGCCAUACAGAACCCUCUACCUCAAUUCCUGCUCCCGUCCCUCCUAGUACGUCUGGUGAUGCGGAUCAGAGUUCACAGGGCGGUGCUUCUUCAAGUCAGCAGCUUGCUGUCUCUCAACCCUCCGCGCAACCUCAUCUCACGGCUCAAAGUGCGGGGCCUGAACCAUCUGCGGCCUCUAGUCCGGGUAAUGAUCAGGGAGAUUUACGACAAAGUCAACAAAGCGGAAUAAGUAAUGCACUCGAAUCAGACACUGUCACAACUAUUACAUCACCUGACCGAAGUUCAGUUGAUGGUGACGGUGGAGCUUCUGGAAGCGGUGGGAAUGCAAGAGGCGGUGCGGAUGGCGGUUCUCAGUUCGGCUUUAAUUCUACUCAACCUCAUGCGCAAUUGCCCAAUCCAAGUGAUGCAAACCCAGCCGCCACAACGUCUGUCGGCAGUGGUCCACCGGUUAGUCCGGACCUCACUCCCAUAUCGUCACCGCAAGAGAAUUCGCAUGAUCAAGGUGCAUAUGAAAGCGCCAAAAGCACUGCAACGGUUUCACAAAACGAUGCUUCAGAUAUCGCGGGUAGAGCUGGUGCUGCAGGUACACCAGUUCAACAAACUGUUGACAAUGAGGGUAAUGGAUCUCAAGGUCAGCCAAGUGUGGCAGUGCCUGAUCCUCCGGCCGCUCACUCCAGUCCUAUUGGACCCACUGACACUGAUGGUACGCCAGGUGACGGUAUUGCGGGUUCACCCGGCAGUGCUUCUCCAGGUUUGCAGCCUGUUGCAUCUCAAGCCUCUGCGCAACAUCCAAGUGUUCAAAGUCCAGACUCUGGGUCAUCUGGUUCCCGUGCGUCCAGCAGUGGUAACGGCCAGCAUGGUCGGGCGGCUUCUCCCAACCCCCAUCAAACAGAGGAUCAAGAACCUCAGGCAGGUAGAGACAAUGUUAGCACUUUAAUUUCGACAGACACGCCAUCUGGCAACAUUACCAUAAGAGACAAUUUAGGGGUGGUAGAGAGUGCAGAGAUGGGUAAGCUUUGGGCAUACAAUUGGGAUUAUAGAGCAGAUAUGAAACAAAAGUGGAAACAAUUUAAAGAAGAAAAUAAGUGGAUUCGAAACCAAGAAAAGGCACACCGUAUUCAACGAGAAGGUUUACAGAAUUAUUACAGCCAUUUGCAGCCACAUAUGAGUCACUACGAGCCAGUCAUCGGUAUUCCUGUUCCAGAUUGGCGCGAUUUUGACGUGGAUGGCGAAGUCGUGAAAAACGACAAUGAUCCGGAGUUGCAGAAGAAGAAUUUUAUGGAAGCAAGUCAUGAACGUCUUUCAAUUGCACGGCACGCAAAUGCGCAACGAGACAGAGAAAAUCUAAGACAAGCGAUGACAAAGUCAGCGCAACUUGGAAAAGCUGCACAGAAAUGGCAGCGUGACCACCAGAUGUUAAGCACCUUGCUAACUGGCAAGGCAACACCAAACGCUAAGGGUCUAUCGGGUAACACAUCGCCCACAGAAUUCCCUCAUAUUGGAGUUGCAGUGGGCUACCCGAUAAAGCCACCAAAAUUGCCAAAGAGGAUUUCCAAAUUUAUCGCUCCAAAAAACCCUAAUAAGACAGGCACUUUAACGCAGAAACGUACAGAGUCUCUCAUUCACAAUCAGAAACUAAAAAUCCCCUGGGUGCCUCCUCCCCCAAUGAAGUCACCAUCUGCCCCUCCGCCUCAGCCUAUCAUUGAUUUUGAUGUCGAACAAGUGUAUAAAUCCAAGAACGUUUUUAAAAGUGACACGUUAAAAACCACCUACAUACCAGUUGAAUUGAUCGAUCCGGCCUUGCCGUUGGAUUAUUAUCCUGGACCACCUCAGCACGUUCAGUUACCCCAGGACUCCAAUCCAGAUGUUGACAAGAUGCCUGCAUUAGACUUCUGUGUACCUCUGUGGACGAGCCAGACACCCAACGACGACUUUGACGAUAUACCGGAGAUUGAGUUGUUCCCCGCCGAGGCGCCGCGUACUAUCAGGGAUAUGCUUCGCUGGAUAGUCGGGAUUCGAAGGCCGAAACACCUUGAAGUUCUGGAGAAAUGCAUUAACGAUGCUCUCGGGAAAGUGCCGGACGGCGUACCUGGAAAUCCUACACUCUGUGUCAGCAAUACCAAACUGAAAUCUGAGGAUGUAAUUAAGGCUUUGAAACUUGCCUCCAUUUUUUCGAGUUCCGUGCUCUCCGCCAUCGAGCCGGACUGGAAGCAAAAGUCAUCGAGGUCUGGCACUGUUAAACGUAAGGAUACAGAUCACGAUCAAGACCCCGAUGGAUGUGCUCUGCUAUGUUGCCUGCAGGACUACGUCUACGCGUGCUAUCACCAGUUGGCGUUUCUGCGUUCGCAGUGCGCUGGCGAUAAAUUCCGUGGUGGUUGGAUGGGUUGUCAGUUUGGACGUGAUGUCACCGCUGACUCCCCCCUGCAGGCUUUCCUGACUGACGCCUACUACUCCAGGUUCAAGACGCACCUCUUCGACCCGUGUGACGUCUGCCUCAAGAGCCGUAUCAGGAUGGGAUUCAGGAAGGGCGAUUUCUCUAAGAGCGCCAAAGAUGGCAGCUACAUCUAUUACCUCCUGUCGCCGUCCUGCAGCGGCGAUGAUGACCCCUUGAUGACGUUGUCUUCUUAUCUCAACUGUCUAACCAGGCGGACGCCGAGGACGACAGGGGAGCUCGUCUCGUUCUUCCAGCAUUUCGGGAGUGAGAUGCGCAAGGAUGUUAUAGGAAUCUUGUCCGACAUGGGCAAGGCCCUGUCCACUCCACAUCCCAACUGCCCUGAAUGGGACCAUCUUCGUCGCCACGACUUGGACGCUGUCCGUGGCAUACGGGUUUCCGAGUCUCCUGUCUCCAAACACGACAAUGACCACGCCGGGACCCUAUCCACACUGGUGGGCUGCGACAUGACCAAUGUGCAGUGCACAAAACUGCUGUCGCCCAUCACGCACCGGGCUUACGCAAUGUACUCGCCGUGCUUCGUCCACACCUACUUGAGCUGGGCGGUCUACCUGGCCGACACACUCCGCGAGUCACUCGACAGGUUGCGUUACGAUUUCACUAGGCACAACGUUUCCAAGUGCGGAUCAAUUCAUCACUGCCACGACGCCCUGCCCUACCUCUACUUUCACGGGUUCACGCCGCCGGAGGGCACACCAAGUUCAUCACUCACGUGUUCACAGGUCAUCACCAAGCUGAAGGAAGUGGUAAACGGUGGGCCAAUCGCAAAGCUCAUCAACUGCAUGGACGACUUCUUAUACAGGGUUCGGUGGCCAUUCAUCUACACGGUCAUCACGCUGUGGUCCACCGCAUUCCUCUUGUUCGCCCACACGGCGCUAUACCGCCUGGACGUGCUGCGCAUACAAUCUCACUUCAUGCGCUCCAGGGGAUCUCACGUCAUCGAUGUCAAGGCGUUACUCACGGAAGGCACGAAGAUGCCCUCGCUGUACGACAUCGAUUACUUCGACGACGAAGCACUCGCUCACGCGUGGAACAGAAUUUAUUAA